AAUUCAGGGGCAUGCUUGAAAACUGCUAAUGAAGCAGAUUAAAAGUCCCAGACAGCUCAGUAGGAAUAUUUAUAUCAACAUGCCAUUGGGAAUAGCUAACAUGCUGUUACUAAUCAAUGUUAUUCUCAUCUUGUGGGUUUCCUAUGCUCAUGGAGAAGGAAGAACUUGUGAGUUUCCAGAAAUAAAACAUGGAAGCAUAUACGAUGAAAACAGAUAUAGACAAACCUUCCCAGUUGCUGUGGGAAAAUAUUUCUAUUACUCCUGUGAUCAUAGCUUUAUGUCUCCUUCACAAUCACUCUGGAGUAAAAUAACCUGUACAGAGGAAGGAUGGUCACCAACACCAAAGUGUAUCCGACAGUGCUUUUUCCCUUGGGUGGAAAAUGGUCAUUCUGCAUCUUCAGGACAGACACACCAGGAAGGUAACACUGUACAAAUUGUCUGUGAUGCAGACUACAGCCUUCCAAAUAAUCAGAGCAUUGUUACAUGUGCAGAAAGUGGCUGGUCCACCCCCCCUAAAUGCAAUCGUAUAUACUCUGCAGGAAAAUGUGGGCCCCCUCCAACUGUUAACAAUGGAGACAUCACCUCAUUCCCACUACGAGUGUAUGCUCCAGGAUCGUCAGUUGAGUAUCAAUGCCAAUCCUUCUAUGAACUUCUGGGAAACAGGAAUAUAAUAUGUAGCAAUGGACAGUGGUCAGAACCACCAAAGUGUUUAGAGGCAUGUGUAAUAUCAGAAGAAAUUAUGGAAAAGCAUAACAUACAGUUAAGAUGGAGUUCCCAGAAGAAACUUUAUAGUAAAACAAAAGAUAUUAUUGAAUUUACUUGUAAAAAUGGUUAUCAUAAAAAGACACCAAUUCACACAUUUCGAGCAACCUGUUUGGAAGGGAAACUGCUGUAUCCCACUUGUGAAUAAAGAAGAGGUUCAAAUGCACUUAUGUAAUUAAAAUCUGCACAUUUAAAAAGAA